GGCUCACUCCAAAACAGGCGUCAGAGUAUCAAAGUAGACCAUUAGCCCCACCACUAGUACCUCAGGGCUAGUUCAGAGUGAGUGGACCAACCGCUGUGAGGUUCUGGACACUGGUAAGCCUACUGAGGGUCAGGGGUCUGAAGAAUGGGCUCGUUAAAGACCAUGUCAGGUGGACUGCUGCUGGGUUUAUGUCUCACCUUGCUGGGAUGGGGAGCUGAGGGACAAAGGAACGGACGCCCCAAGAAGGAGGUAUCGGGCAGUGGCCCUAUCUACCUUGGCCAACAACAACGAGGCACCUGGUGGCCCCUGAUGCAGACCAGAGAAAACCUGACAGAGGUCAAAAGCAUCAAGUCCAUGUUCCAGUUCCGGACGUUUGACCCCGAGGGGGUGGUGUUCUAUGGGGACACCAGGGAGGGAGAGGACUGGUUUGUCCUGAUCCUCAGGAACGGCAUCCCUGAGAUGCAGAUCGGGAAAGCAGACAUCCUCGUCAGUGUGCAAGGGGGACCCAAACUCAACGAYGGCAAGUGGCAUCUGGUGGAGAUCAGUAGCCAGGGGGAUUUUGUGGUGCUGGAGGUGGACGGCCAGAAGGAGUUGGUGGUGGGACUGAAGUCCAAAGAGACCAUGGAGGUUCUGACAGGCCAGAUCCGCCUCGCCCUCGGGGGAAUCCUGGUCAGCCUGGACAAGCUGCUCCUCCCGUUCCAGCCAGAGAUGGAUGGAUGUAUCCGGAAGGGGAACUGGCUAAACCUGAGCACCCCCUGGGAGACAGAGUUGAUUGGGGAGCCCUGGCCCUGCUACCAGAACAUCCAGCCAGGGAGCUAUUUCCCCGGAGCUGGACUGGCUGCAUUCAACACCACAGACCUCCCUGGCCACCAGACAGAGGAGGGUGGGAUUACUAUUGACAUCCAUGGAGACUCCACCAAGAUGGAAGGAACAGUUCUGAGCUUGAAGACCCCUGGGCAGGAAUUGCCCACAGUAACAGUGAAAAUAAACAAUAACCCAAAGAAAGUCAUACUGACCAUCCUCAAGCGUGACACCAUCACCGAACAGAGUUUCAGCCGACUGUCCCUAACCCUGUUGAAGAAUCAAGUGAACAUGGACAUCGAUGACACGCAAAUAACAUUUGAGAUCGACAGUAUACCUGACUUUCCUAGAAGCUGGAAAGAGGGGAUGAUCCUUGCAUUUGGGGGGCUUCCAGGUGAUGGAGUGUCCUACAGUAGCAACCAGUACCUGAAGGGCUGUCUGGAGAAGAUCCAGGUCCAGGGACAGGAUGUGGAUCUGGACCGGGCGCUGUACAAGGACCUCUCCGUUUCCUCCCAUAGUUGCCCCUCAGAAGUCUGAACCAAGGCUUUCCUGACAGAUCAGAUCUGUGAUGACUGUAUAGAUAAUGUCAUUUAUCUCCAUUAAUC